AUGGCAUCUCAGUCUGCAGACGAACAAUUCGUACCACUUGAGAAUGACGAGGAAGGAGCUUUUAAAAAAGCGACUUUGUACUCUGAGACGGACACAAACCCAAGCAUGCGCUGUGGGAUGUUUUGCUUUUCGCCAUCGUGGCUGCAAGUGUUCUCCAACAUGAGGAGCUUUUCAAUGUACUACGGCGUGUGUAGUUUGGUGACGUCAGCUCUGACGGCUUAUCUGACGUCACAGGUGACGACGCUGGAGAAGCAGUACGGUCUCAGCAGUUCGGAGACCGGUUUGUUACUCAGCAUGAACGACAUCGGCUUCCUCGUUUUCGUCCUCAUAAUCAGCCUCUUCUCGCGCUAUUCAAACAAACCAAAAAUCCUUGGAAUCGGUGUCCUAGUAUUUGGACUCUCCGCCAUAUUAAGCGCUUUACCGCAUUUUGCCGUACCAGGGUUACUCGUCAAGGAUGUCAGUGCCACUAAUAGUUCCCAAGAACGGCAACUCGUCCCAAAAUCUUCUCAGAGAUUAGGUGACGUCACUCUCUGUUCGGACAACAACGAGCUGCUGCAUGGAGAAUCGAGCUGGAAUAUCUCUGCGGAUUCAGAAAGGACAUGUUCCAGCAGGAAUGUCGAAAAUCAAUCUACGUCCAAAUUCUUGGUAUUAUUUUUAAUAUCAGUGGGAUUGUUUCUUCAAGGCAUGGCUAAAGCGCCCCGACUUCCGGUCACGUACUCGUUCAUAGACGACAACGUGGUAAGAACGAAAACAGGCCUAUUCGCCGGUGUCAUCGGGUUUCUGGCGAUAUUUGGACCCACAAUCGCCUUCAUUGUUGGUGCUCGCGUGAGCCGAAUCUAUGUGACCUUGGAAGAUGUCCCUUUUUCUCGAAGUGACCCCCGCUGGGUCGGAGCCUGGUGGCUGGGAUUCGUCAUUUUCGGCUCGGCCGCCAUACUGUUAUCGGGCCCACUGUUUAUGUUUCCUCGGAAGAUGCGGAUCAACUCGAGAAACUCUGACAGACAGCGUUUGGCAAGACAACAACAACAAAGCGUUGACAAAAAGAUGGCAGCCCUUCAGCAAAUCAAAGACAUACCUGGCGCUUUUAGGAGAUUGCUGACAAACUAUAAUUUCAUGUCGAUUCUGAUCGCUGGAUCCCUUGACAUGAUGGCCAUGGCGGGGGGUCUAGCAUUCGCUCCCAAGUAUCUGGAAGUUUUCUUCGGCCUGUCCAUCUAUAAGGCUAACAUGUUACAAGGCAUCACCACCUUCAUCGCCGGUGCCGUCGGAAUGUUAACCGGGGGGUUCCUGGUUUCAAAGCUUAAGUUGAGUCUGGCGGGUUGCUUGAAGCUAAUAGUGGUCGUACGGCUGAUUUCCAGUCUGUCCUCCGGCGUUGCCCUACUGCUGAAUUGCCCGGAAGUGGAGGUUGUGGGGAUGUCGCACUUAAGUUUUAAACCUAAACGUAUUGGCAAAGGCACAGCAUGCACAUAA